AUGAACAAAGAGCCAAUGCUUUGCGGUGCAAAUUCUACGAAAUUGAUUUCAGACUCUGAACUGCAGAACCUGAAAUGGAAGGUGUUUGAACUAGAGCCAUGUUUUCAAAAAGUGAAAUCUGUGGAGUUAAAUCCAGGGCCACAUCCUCAAGGUAUGAAUUCUGAGGAAUUGCCCUCACACCUCAGGCAGCAUAGUGUAAGAUCUGUGGUGUUUGCACCAGAGCCAUGUUUUCGAGAUGUGCAGUCUCCGGAGUUGAAACCAGAGUCACAACCUCAAGAUGUGAAUUCUAAGAAAUUGAUUUCUUGCUUGAGGCAGAAGUCUAUAGUAUCUGUAUCAGUGCCAGGUUCUCAAGAUGUGAGACCUGUGAAGUCAGAUCUAUUGCCGCAGUCUCAAGGUGUGAAUUCUUUAGAGUCAUCAGCAUGCCUGAGGUCACAGUGUAUUAAAUCUGACGUCUUGGCACCAGAACCAUGUUUUCAAAAUGUAAACGCUGUAGAGUUGACAUCAGGGGCCCCCAAACAGGGUAUGUAUUGCCAAGAGCGGACUUCAGGAUGGCAAGGAGUGAAAUCAGUAGUGUCAGUGCCAGAGUCAACUAAUAAGUUCAUGCCAGGACCAAUGUUGACUAGUGUCAAAUUUUCAAAUUUGUCAUCAGAAUCACAGCAACAGGGUAUGAAACAUUUGGAAUUUACUCCAGAACCAAAGUUGCAAAGUAUAAAACAUGUAAAAUCAUCUUCAGGGUCUCUGCAACAAGCUGCAAAAUCUUUGGAGCUAGCGCCAGAGUCACUGUUUCAGAAAGUGAAAUCUGAGGCUGUAACUCCAAGAACAAGCUCUCAAAUGACAGACUCCUCUGAGAUAAUCCCUAGGCCAGGGCAUCAGUUUGUAGAACGUGCAGAGAUGAUUCUAGAGCCAAGGCAUCAAGUCCCUAAAUCUAUGAAUUUGACUUCAAUUUAUCAAGUCACAGAUUCUUCACAAAUGGCACAAAGCUUGGCACAUCAAGGCACAGAAACUGUAGAGAAAUCUGUGAAGUUGACCCCAAAUCCAAAAGGUAAAUGCAUGAAAUCUUCAGGAAUGCCUCUGGAGCUAGACCUUCAAGUAUCAGAAUUUGUUAAUCUGACUCCAGUGCUAAGGAAUCAGGGUUCAAAAUCUGUAGAAUUAAUGGAAAAGAAAAGCUCCCCAAUCCCAGAAACUCUGGAUUUGCUCUCUCAGCUAGGGCCGCAAGUUAAGGAUUUGGGGGAGUUACAUAUAGGGCCACUGCAGCAAGUUGUGGAAUUUGAAGGGAUGACCCCAGAGCCCAAGCAUCACCUUACAGAAACUAUGGGGUUGACCUUCAAGACAAAGCUGCAAGUGGAGGAAUUUCUUGGAAUGGCCCCAAAGCCAAUAAGUAAAGCCACUGAUGCAGAGAGAUCUUCAGCGCGCUAUCCUCAAACCCAAGAAUCUGUGGAAGUAACCUCUGAGAAAAGACUUCAAAGGGAAGAAUCUGUAGCAUUGAUUACAGAUGUUCCAGAAUCUUUAGAGGUAACAGAAGGGCAAAGAUAUCAAGUUCCUGCAUCUGUGGGUUUGACCUUUAAGCGAUUCCUAAAAGAGGAAUCUUUAGAGUUGCCCCCAAAGCAAACAGAUCAAGUUGUGGGGCAUGCCGAACCUGUAGAGGUCACUGCUAAGACGUGGCAGCAAGAACAGGGAUCAGUGAGGCUAAAACAGUCACAGAAUCAAAAUGUGAAAUAUUCAGAGACAGCCCCAGGACCACUGGGUCAAAUUACAGAAUUUACUAGGUUCAGUUCAAAGCCACUAGAUCAAGUCACAAAAUCUACAAAGACACAGAUUCAAGUUGCUCAAACAAGAGUAAACCUAUUAGCUCCCCCAAAGGUUGUUGAAUCUGUGAAAGUGCCUCCUGGGCCACCACUUCAAACCGUGAAGAAUGUGGCAUUAAUAUCAGGGCUAACAUUGGACCCAACCUCUCCAAUGGUAGACUAUACUGAGUUGACUUCAAAACCACAAGAUGUGAGACCUUCAGAGGUUACCUCAGAGCUAUGGUUGCAAAAUGCAAAAUAUAAGAAAAUGAGCACAGAACCAAAGCACCAAACUGUGGAAAGAAUGGAUUUGACAGGGUUUAAAAUUAUAAAGACUUUGGGACCACCAAUUCAAAUUGUAAAAUCUGAGGCAUUACCACCAGGGCCAGUCCCUCAGAUUGCAGAACCAAUAGGAGUAGCCCUAGGAUUGGGGCUUAAAGUAACAGAUUGUUUGGAUUUACUCCCAAAGCCACAUCUUCAAGAAUCAAUGGAACCUGUAGAAUUAACUCCAAGGCCAAAUGCUGGAGUGAAGUCUGCAGAAUUAACCUCACAGCCAACACCUUCAUUCAAAAAACCUAUAGUGUUGACUGGUGAACAAGGGCAUCAGGCUGUGAAAUCCAUAGGGAUAAAAACAGCGUCUCCUCAAAUCAUGGAAUCUGAGGAUUCGAAUCUAGGACAGGCGUGUCAGGAUAGAGACUCAGAUGAGAGAUCAUCAGAAGAGUUACAAAUUGGGAAUUAUUUCUCUAGGUUUCUAUACAACUCAUUAGACACACUCAUCUCAAGCUCUGUCAGAACAUCUGAAUUAGGCCUUUGGGAUUCUGAGAUGCCAGAAGUAUCAAGAGAAUUGUAUAUAAAAAACCUUGGGACAGAUAUUUUGCAGCCUGAGGAGUCUUUUAUAGACCUUUCUAUGAGACAGUCUUCAAUCCUUCUCUCAUCUCUUCAUAACCAACCCUCUGAUAAGACAGCUAACCCCAUAAAAAACCCCAAUUCAGAGAUCGCAGGAGUAGAUGUCAAAUCUAAAGAAAGGACUAAGAGGAAGCAGAUGGAGGAAUCAGGGAGCUCACUCCAGAGCCUCUCUCAACGUCCACCACAAAAAUGGAAAUCACCAUCUAGGAUCUUCCAGGCAGGAUCAGGAGCUCAAAGAGGACCUACCUGGUCUGUCCUGGGCAGGCAACGGAAUGUCUGGGAGAGUCACUCCUGGAAGCAGAGACUACCUAGAAAAUAUCUCUCCAAUAUGCUAACACUAGGGAAUGCCUUGGGGACCACUAUGGAAAGGAAGCUUUACUCUCAAAUAUCUUUAGCAGAAAGAGGCACUGCAAAUACCUGUCAGUCUAUUCAGAAUUUAUUUGGGGUUCCAGCUGAACUGAUGGAAGUGUCCCAGAGUCUGCUUGAGAAGGGUCAAGGUACUAUUUCUCAACCUUCAGUGGUCAAAAACUACAUUCAGAGACAUACUUCAUGCCCUGGUCAUGAGAAAAGAAUGGCCUUAAGGAUGUGGACACGUGGCUCCUUGUCCUCCAUAAUACAGAAAUAUUCAGGGACUAGAAUGAGAAUGAAGAAAACAAACUCAAAGCCCAGUGAUAUAUCCCAGAAAGUUAUUCAGCACAUGCCUGUUGAAUGUACAGGGAGUCAACUUCCUACCCCAGUAAAGUCAGAAUCUUCUUUCAACAUACAUUUUGCUAGGAGAGAUCCUGUUCCAGAGGAAGAGAGUGAGAACUCACAGAGUGAUUCACAGACAAGGAUUUUUGAGUCCCAACACUCCCUCAAGCCAAGUUCUCUCUCCCAGGCCAGAACUGACUUCUCAGAACAGUUCCAGCUGCUACAAGAUCUUCAGCUAAAAAUAGCAGCAAAACUGCUAAGGAGUCAAAUACCUCCCAAUGUACCUCCACCUUUAGCUUCAGGUCUGGUCCUAAAAUACCCUAUCUGCCUACAGUGUGGCCGAUGUUCAGGAUUUAAUUGCUGUCAUAAGUUACAGGCCACUUUUGGGCCUUACCUUCUUAUCUAUCCACAGCUUCACCUUGUAAGCACUCCUGAAGGCCAUGGCGAGAUUAGGUUGCAUCUUGGCUUUAGGUUGAGAACUGGGAAAAGACCCCAAGUCCCAAAGUACCACAGAAGAGACAGAUCCAUUACACCAAGGAGCCCUAGAUCACCAUCACUAAGGAAAUCUAACACCUAUACUCGAAGUUCCAAGAGUCCUGCUUCUACCAUAGAUUUCCAGUCUGGGUCUUCCCAGUCUCCUGCUCCUAUACAAGUCCACAUCAGGCGAAGGCAAUGUGGCAGUCCUGGCCUAGGAAAAACAGAAAUUAGAGAGCCUGGACACUAUGAAUUCACUCAAGUUCACUCCCUACCAGAGACUGACUCAGAAAGCAAUCAGGAUGAAAAAUGGGCUAAAGUGAGAACCAAAAAGACCCAUGAUUCAAAAUAUCCAAUGAAAAGAAUCCCCAAGGGAGUUAGAACACAAAACACAAAGUUCUACACAAAUGGUAGCACCAUAAUACAGAGUUCCUCUAGAGAACUGCCAGGCCAGUUAAGAAGGAAGAGGAGUGGAGCAUCGCAAACAACUACUGCCUCUUCAAAAAGACACUCUAAGAGAACCCCCCAACCAAAAUUCAUUCAGCUGCUUUUUCAGGGCCUAAAGCAGGCAUUCCAAACAGCACAUAGAAUUAUGGCUUUGGUUGGGCAAAAACCUGAGGACAGGACAAGGUCAGACCAUUUCUGGUCAAGCAAAAACUACCUUCCAAAUCAAAAAGCAAGAGACUGUUGCUUAUCAAGAAACAUCAAAAAAGACAGGAUGCCAACUAUCAAGCUAAGGCCAAAAGACUCAACCACUAAGCAGGAGAGCAUAUUGUGGGGAGAAAGAAACCAAUUCAGAUCAACUCAACAACUAAAAAGAGAUAGCUCUUUCCAACCCAGACCUAUCCAACUGCCCAACCCCAUAGUUUCCCAAGGAAGUACCAUUCUCAAAACUACAACUAGCCAGCCUUUGGAUCUUGUUCAAAAUGACAGUAGUAGCAGAGCUAAGAAAACCUUUAAGAGAAAUGAAAUUUCUGGCCAGGAGGCCAAGAACUGCAAAACAGGAACCAGAGUUCAUGUUGGAGGGAGACUCCUGUCUGGUUUCCCUAUGAAGAGAACCUUAAUCAAUCACUUUAAAGAGAAACCCACACACAAGGAACGAAACCACCACAGCUUCUGUAGGGAAAGAACCCUAUGUAAUUCUUGUGGAAAGAGCCAAUAUAGUCCUGCUGAGAGGGGCCAUCACAGUGCCUCUGAAAGAAGCCAUCCAAGUGCCUCUGGGAGGGGCCAUCGCAGUCUCUCUGAGAGGAGCCAUCUCAGUGCCUCUGAGAGAAGCCAUCUCAGUGCCUCUGGGAGGGGCCAUCGCAGUCUCUCUGAGAGGAGCCAUCUCAGUGCCUCUGAGAGAAGCCAUCGAAGUGCCUCUGGGAGAGGCCAUCGAAGUCUCUCUGAGAGGAGCCACCUCAGUGCAUCUGAGAGAAGCCAUCGAAGUGCCUCUGGGAGAGGCCAUCGAAGUCUCUCUGAGAGGAGCCAUCUCAGUGCAUCUGAGAGAAGCCAUCGAAGUGCCUCUGGGAGGGGCCAUCGCAGUCUCUCUGAGAGGAGCCAUCUCAGUGCCUCUGAGAGAAGCCAUCGAAGUGCCUCUGGGAGAGGCCAUCGAAGUCUCUCUGAGAGGAGUCAUCGCAGUGCCUCUGAGAGGGGCCAUCAAAGUGCCUCUGAGAGAGGCCAUCUCAGUGCCUCUGAGAGGAGCCAUCGCAGUCUCUCUGAGAGGAGGUGUCGCAGUCCCUCUGAGAGGAGGUGUCGCAGUCCCUCUGAGAGGAGGUGUCGCAGUCCCUCUGAGAGGAGGUGUCGCAGUCCCUCUGAGAGGAGGUGUCGAAGUCCCUCUGAGAGGGACAGUCGUGGUCUUUCUGAGAAAAGCAGUCACAGUCCCUCUGAGAGGAGAGGACACAGCACUUCUGAAAGGAGAGAGCACUGGCCCUCUGAGAGGAGCAGGCACAGUCAUUCUGAGAGGAGUGGACAUAGUCAUUCUGAGAGGAUCCACCUCAGUCCCCUUGAGAGACUCAAGCACAGCUCUCCCAGGGCGAGGCCCAGACAUCAUCUGUAUAAAGAGUUCAAGAGUAAUUCAAACAUGUCUCCUAGAGACCACAGCACAACACCCCAAAGUAGGGCAAAUCGGGAGGCCUGACGCUCCUAGAUGGGAAGAGACCUAUCCCCCUCAUUCAUUGCCUCACCCAAGUCUCCACCAAGCUGCCCUUUCCCGGCUUCUUUCCUGCUCAGCCCCGGCCUCCACUUCCAGUGCCCACAGCGAACUUCUAACGUCUACCUGAGGGGAGGGAGGUUGGGAACGGGUCUGCCAUUUCCCUAAGAUAAAUAAAGGGGCAAUAAGUGAUCUCCCUGUGCAUCUGGAAAGACCACUCGUCGUGCCAGAUGGAGCAUUGGGGGGUGGAGAGGGAGAAGGGGUCGUGCAAAUACAGAGAACCAGAGGGCAGGGCACUGCAGCCACCCAGUUUCCCAGGUCCCACAGCGCAGUCCCCGGGCGGGGUCUCGG